AUGGACAAGCAGUGGAAACCAAGGAGCAGCAUCGCCGUCUUUGUCUCAGCCCUACACCUUUUAGACCUCGACAAUCUCAAGGACUGGCCAUCAUUCACCAUCUCAACAUUCCAAAGCAAAUCGACAAGUCAAACCCUACAGGCAAAAAUCAAAGCGACAGAAUGGGCCCUUUACCAUCUGUUUCAGAUCUAUUCUCCCGACUCAACCCGUCAGGUCUUGAACCCAAAUUUCCCACCCAAAACACCCAUUCAGUCUCUCAACCUCCGGGCAGGCCUCUUCAAGCUUCUGACCGAGCUUAAGAAGAAUGCGCUAUUACCCAGGGAGACGAUUCUUCGGAAGACUAUGCUUGACGAGUGCAAAGGCGACAAGUAUGAGGACCUAUUGGCAGCUUUUGCCAUGCUGGUCUUGAGAAAGGUCCUUCUUGAGAGGAAGGGAACAGCCGUGGCCACCAGCAGCUCAGCAAAACCUGAAAAUGUUGUACCUUUGAUUAUCGCCCAUCAUGUGUCUCUGCAGAGCAAACUCAGACAGCGAGAAACGAUGCGUGGAGAAGCUCGAGAUCAUGCGAAUUCUUUAGAGGCUAAGAGGAUGGACCUGGCAUCGAGACUUCAAGCUCUAUCUGCGCCUGAAGAGCUCGAUGAUAGAAAGUCUAGUCAGGCGGAUGAUAACGUCUUACGAGAGAAAGUGGUCGACACAUUCGCAGCCCACCCACAAUGGGCGAAAUUUUUGUUCGAUGGGGAUGUUCAUGAAGCAUCUACACCAGUCGGCUCAAGCGGAACCUCACCGUUCCAACAAGAGAAUCAGCCUAUGUCGCACCUAAGAUCGUUACUAUCACAGCAAAAGACCCGCAUCCAGCACCUUGAAGAUUUACAAGCAUCGCUUCUAUCCGAUGACCCUGGCCAACCAACGGUAAUACCAUUCGACCAUCCGAAGCAGGUUCAGCGUGGAAAUUUCCCUGCAAACGCAGCUUCAAUAUUACGUUUCGACAAACACAAAGCAAUCAAUCUCAACAGCACUCCCGUAUGA